AAAGGUCAAAGUAUCAGCAGUUGAAGAGUUGAAGUGUUGUUUGUGGGCUCAGCUUUUUUGUAAAGAUUUCCACAGUGGUGUUGCUGCGUGUGUAGAGAAAAUGUCGACUCCUAAAAGAAUAUGCAUUGUUGGAUCUGGAAAUUGGGGUUCAGCUAUUGCUAAGAUAAUAGGUAACAAUGUGGUCACAAUGCCUGACAAGUUUCAUAAAGAAGUACGAAUGUGGGUGUUUGAAGAAACUGUUAAUGAUAGAAAAUUAACAGAUAUUAUCAAUAAUGAUCAUGAAAAUGUCAAAUAUCUACCAGGAAUCGCAUUGCCAGAAAAUGUGGUUGCCAUUCCUGAUGUAGCAGAUGCUGGAAAAGAUGCUGAUAUUUUUAUUUUUGUGCUACCUCAUCAAUUUGUAAGAAAAGUAGGAAAAUCUCUUCAGGGCACCAUUAAAAAAGAUGCUAUAGCUGUCACUCUUAUUAAGGGUUUUGAUGUGAAGGAAGGUGGAGGUAUAUUAUUAAUAUCAGAUGUUAUUAGGGAGUUAUUAAAUAUACCAUGUGCUAUAUUAAUGGGUGCCAAUAUUGCUAAUGAGGUUGCCAAAGAGAAUUAUUGUGAAGCUACUAUUGGUUGUAAAGACCCUGAAAUGGGUCCAUUAUUAAAGGAUGUGUUUCAAGCUGAUUAUUUUAGAAUUGUUGUAGUACCAGAUGAAACUACUGUUGAAGUUUGUGGAGCUUUAAAGAAUAUUGUAGCAGUAGGAGCUGGUUUUGCUGAUGGUCUAGGAUAUGGAGAUAAUACUAAAGCUGCUGUUAUUAGAUUAGGUUUAAUGGAAAUGAUUAAAUUCUGUGAAGUUUUCUACCCUGGAUCAAAUGAAUCCACAUUUUUAGAGAGUUGUGGAGUGGCAGAUUUAGUUACCACCUGUUAUGGUGGUCGAAAUAGGAGAGUUGCAGAAGCCUUUGCCAAAACAGGAAAGUCUAUAGAAGAAUUAGAAACAGAAAUGUUAAAUGGACAGAAAUUACAAGGUCCCCCUACAGCAUUUGAGGUCAACUAUAUGUUAAAAAACAAAAAUAUGGAAGAUAGGUUCCCACUAUUCACAGCUAUCCAUAGAAUCUGUAAGAAUGAGCUAAAAGUUAAUCAAUUCAUGGACUGUUUGAAGAAUCACCCAGAACACAUGUAAAUGAUAUUCUCUACUAUAUGCAAAUUCAGACAUAUUCUCAUAAUCUUCUUAUAAUUGCUAGAAAAACAUUAAAUAGAAAUUAUUUUAACUUGGUAAGUGUGUGAAUGAGAUCAUUUGCAUAAAUUUGCAUAAUUAUUAAUUAGAUAAAUCAUUGUUUUGUUAUGGCUGGGAUGUUUUAGUCAAAUGUAUCUAAUAUAGACUCUACAGGCAUUAUUUAAAGUGCUUUGUACCAAUCAGAUUUAAUCCUUCAACUUAUUUCAAUGCAGUAUGAAUAAAAACAUUUACUGAAGUAAAACUUUUCAAGCUUUUGACUGAAUUGACCUGCAAAUUGUUUUUUAUUUCCUAUGUCAUAAAUAUGACAAGAAUUAUUUUUGUUUGGUUGGAAAGCAAGAAACAGGAAAGUUCUUCACGGCUCAUGGCAUUUGAAAGGAAUCCUUAAUUUGUAAAAAUUGUAUGUACAUGUAACUAUAUCUUCUGGUAUACAUUAGGUUUAUUAUAUCACAAUCCCUUAUUGAUGUUUGUGUUGAAUUUAUUUUUUGAUUUAUUAAUCUUUUUAUUCUGUUGUUAUUGUGAUGUUUUUAGGAGUCCUGGAGUUAAACUAUAAAUAAUCUCUCAUCAUCAGGUGAUAAUCUAAAACCCUAUAUUUAAUCACAAGGAUUGAAGCUUUCAAUAGUUUAUAUAAAAAAAACCUGCUUGAUUCUUAAUGCUCUUUACAGUUUAGUCAUAUAUGUAAGUUAUUGGGUAAAAAAAUACAAGUUUUAUUCUUAGAACAGAAUUUACGAACUUAUUGUUUCCAAUAUAUAUAUAUAUAUUCAAAUUCCAACAGUGCUAAUAAACCUUAGGCUAGAUGCUUCAAUCCUACUUUCAAUUUCAAGUCACAGGUUUUGUUGUUUUAAGAGCACAAUGAUUUCAACAUGUGUGAGUGUGUUUUAAAUUGUUGUUUCUUUAUAAUUAUUUCCUUUACAGGGCUGUUGCAUAAAAAUUUCAAAGAAUGGUUAACUGUUAUGUUAUCCAGAAAUGUACUUAUUUUGAAAUACAAUUUUUAAUGUUAAACAUAACCAACCGGCAGCAGCUGUGUAUUUAUGCUCAAUUUGAUUUACUAUUUGAAAAGAUUGUUUGUUGAAAUUUUAAAUAUUAUAUUUUAGAAUUCAAAUUCUGCCAUCUGCUAAUACCUUAAUAUCAAAUAAAAAUGGUAAAAAUAGAAAAAGAAAGAAUUUAUUUAUUAUUGAAAUCAUUUUGUAACUUUCCAAAAUUAAGAAAAAGGCCUGAAAAAAUGUUAGCUUUUUACUGGGUAAAUGAGUCCCAAAUCUUUCAUUUCUCCCUGACUGGUAAUUAUUGCCAGUACACAAACAAAAAGUUCUUUGAAAAACUGAAAACAACUGGAUGGAUAAAUAUAUUAACAACAUCAUCUGGUUAUAAUCAAAACUAUUUAAUUAUAUUUAGUUGCAAACCAAAGUCCUUUAUUAGCUUUAAUGACCCAUUAUGCUACUCAUGAUAUUAAGAAUAUUUUGAUUAAAUUCUAACUCAUAACUCAUGGUUGUCUCGUAAGUUCCAGUAUGAGAUUGCUGUGAGCUUUAUAAAUGAUAACCAAGAGGUUUUCAAACACUCCUAAUUGAGAAAUUUACUUGAAUUUAAUACAAUCAAAUAUUUCAUCAUAUUGUGUAGAGCAUGUGGGUCAAUAUCUUUAUUUGCCAGCAUUAUUUUAUGUUUACUUUGAAUUAUGUAAUUGUAAAAUCAAUAUUUUUAAUCUACAAUGGGGAAUCUAUUUCCAACCAGCCAUAUUAGUGACAAUUUUACCCCCUAACCAUAAUUUCAGAGUCUUAUACAUUCAACUAAAAGAAUGAGUUUGAAAAGGGUAGAAGUUUUAAUCUUUUAACAAGUCUUAUUAAAUUUAUGUAACAAAAAAAAUUUUUAACGUUUCUAUUUUCUGUUAAUGAACUUUCUUCUUUUUUCAAAUAAAAAUGUUUUGAAUUAUUU